UUGGAAGUUGCUGUAAAGUGAUCUUGAAAGUUACAGUAGAAGCUACUUUUUAAAAAGGAACGCAAAGUGCGCGGAAGUCAGUAGGCUGGAACGCAGCCUAGACGUGAAUUUGUGUGCGAUCACUUGCUCACUUGUAUCAAAUAGAACGCGAGACACUUCACUUUAGGGGGGUUGACACGCUCGAAUUGAGACUGCAGAAUAGCUGGAGGUCGUUCAAUUCAAUCGUUGCAAGGUGUUUCAAAAAUGGCUUUUCGGACCCUUUGGUGAACUCCUAAGCGUUUUCAAUGGGAGCUUUCCAGCUUGCCUCAUCGAAACAUUCUUUGAAUGUCCAAAGGCCGCACAAAAACGAGCAAUAACCUACGGCGUCUACUUCGAGAAAAAAGAGUAAAUCGAUCGGCUCUGUCCUUAGAGCUCAGUGAAAUAAACGCUCAAUUGAUAAACCAACUAAUGUGUUGUUCGGUAACACGUUGAUUGAAAUAAUAUUGUUUUUACCUCCUGCUGCUUGUUGUUGCGAGGGUUUCUGUAGUUAGCAGAUCAGCGAAACGUCACGCCUGCGACGUCAAUCGAGCUAUAGAAUUUGUGGACUCAAAAUAGACCAGAGUAACAUGCCGACCACGCAACACAUCGGCGUCAGUUAUUCUUUCCCUGUGCCUGCUUGUUAUAUCGUACACGGUAAGAAAUACGUUUGCCAGGUAUCACAUGUAGUCCAAUGAAUUUAUACAAGUGUUUCGAGUCAAAGACAAAAGAGUAUUUGUUUCCACUUGAAGCUGCGCGUUGAGCGUCCUGCAAUAAAAACGUCGACCGGCCACCAAUCUACAGCUGUCUCAACCCAGAUUUUUCUAUGGUGGUAUCUUAAAUAUACAUAAAAAAUGGAACGGAGAAAAGGAAACUUCUCUGCGGCUUUGAUCGUGAUCCAGCUGGUGCUCACCCUGUUAACGGUAUUUUUCGUCAAGUAUGACGAAGAGGCGGACGCUACAAAUCCAAAGCACUCGUACAAGCGACCUUUUGGUGGAGCCGAUCCUCAAGAUAAUCCAAUUGAGAAAUUUUAUCCAAUGUUUCAGGAUAUAAACGUUAUGAUUUAUGUCGGUUUUGGCUUUUUAAUGACCUUUUUACGACUUCAUGGAUUCACUGCGACGGGAUACACCCUAUUGUCAAGCACCAUUGCAAUGCAGACCUCUAUCCUAGUGCGUGGGGCCCUAGACGAAGUCCAUAACGGCUACAUAUCUCUUGGUGUUGAAAGAAUUAUCGAAGGUUUGUUUUCAUCCACCGCCGUGUUGGUGUCGUUUGGAGCUAUUAUUGGCAAGAUUUCGCCACUUCAACUUAUCGUUAUGACCGUCAUAGAGGUGGUGGUAUUUGCAAUAAACGCACACUUGGGCAUGGUCGUACUCCAAGCGGUCGAUGUAGGAGGCUCAAUGUUCCUUCAUACAUUCGGAGCCUAUUUUGGCCUUGCUCUGACAUUUGUGCUGUAUCGCAAAGACGCUAAAAUAAGUACGAAAGAGGAGUCCAGUAGGACUUCUGAUAUAUUUGCUAUGAUUGGCACGCUAUUUUUAUGGAUGCACUACCCAUCAUUUAAUGCCAUUUCGGUGGAAGGUGAUGCACGACAUCGGGCGGUGCUUAACACGUACAUGGCGCUGUGCGGCAGUUGCGUGACUACGUUCGCGCUUUCUUCCCUAACCGAUGAGCACAAUAGACUGUCAAUGGUACACGUGCAGAACGCCACCCUCGCAGGUGGCGUAGCAAUAGGUUGUACGGCAGAUAUGAUGAUACACCCUUACGGUGCUCUCAUUGUUGGACUUGGUGCAGGAGUUAUUUCUACACUUGGAUAUCGAUAUUUGCAGCCUAUGCUUCUGCGUUACCGAAUUCACGAUACAUGCGGCGUGAACAAUCUUCAUGGGAUGCCUGGAGUUUUCGGCGGUAUCAUAGGGGUUAUUGUCGCUGCCAGCGCCGACUACACCCACUAUAAUGACCAGCUUUAUGAACGCUACCCGGCUCGAGCUCCUGUCGCUAACAGCACUGAUCUGAAAGAAGCCCAACAGCUAAACACAGAUCUUGAGGCCGGCCUGGGGCUAUCAGGACGAGAGCAGGCCCUUCAACAGUUAGCCGCUCUUACAGCAACCCUGGGGAUUGCGUUAGUUUCAGGACUUCUAACCGGAUUCAUCCUAGUGUUGCCACUGUUCAAUCAGAUCGAAGGUGAAAAUCUCUUUGAUGACGAACUUCAUUGGGAAGUGCCUGAGAUCAGUGAGGACGAUUCGAUCCUACGACCAAAGCCUCUGGAAAUGCUGUCGACGCAGGUAAUUAGACGGCACACGAAUAGCUACAGCCAAGAUCAGGGAACGGGUGGAACGAAGGUAACGUCAGAGGACGUCAACAACACAAGCGUGAAGUUUUAAGGCAGAAUUUGUGGGGUUUCAUACGAAGUAUAGCCUUGAAUUACUUAGACACAGCUAGAGAGAUCUGGUGCUGUGAGUUAUUAUCGUCCAGCUUAAACAUUACUAAGCAAGCAGCUCAGAUGAACCGAAAAAAGUCGAAUUACAAUGGAAAAGACAGAAUGAACAGACGUCUGCUCUACUUACAAUAUGCGUACAUUCGAUGUAAUUGCCGGCAUAAUAAAAACGUUAAGUAGAGUUAAGCCAACGGGAUAUCGUUUGGGUAUUCUGCUUAUCGUACGCGGGUUUUUAGUCUAGCCUAUUCUAAAUAAACCAACGUAUUCAUCUUUUCUUCCGAAAGCUGCCAAUAGUCAAUCAUCCUAUUUACCACAAUUAAAACUAUAUCUUUAUAUAUAUAUAGAUCUUUCUGGUCGAAAUAAUUGCACGAGUGUCUACCCAUUCAACCUUGAAUACACCGGUCCUAUACAAAAAGUCAUUAGAUUCAAGUUAUAAAAACAAUGUACGAACGUAUAGCUCUGAAAAUAUAGUGAGUAACAAUGUGCGUAUAGUAGACGGAUAGUUUUUAUACGGCCAACAAAGUAGACUUCCGCGCAAAAUGGACAAUUCAGGCAAAGUAUCUCGUAUAUGUUUACGAUCCAUGUUGGUAUAUCAAGAUGUGAGAACUGCUUUACAUAA